GGACCUGCUCAGAGGCAAUUUGAAAGAGUUCUGUAUUGUACAGGUUCUUAGUCCAAAGUUUUCACGUGAGGCAGAAGCAGAAGAGAAAAGUGCUCUGUGAGUGCGGAGGAAGCUUCGUGGAGGGACAGGCAGCCUGGCCGGAGUCACGGUGGAUGGGAGAGGGAAACUUCAGCCAGCGGCCAGCCCUUCAGUGCACCAGCGGGGCAGGCUCUUCUUCAUGUUGGCAGAGGUCUUGCUUUUGAACUGCGCCCUCACAGGGGCCAUUCUUCAUUAUGCCAAGCCAACAGAAGAAAGUCAUUUUUUGCACGGCUGGGGCGUUGAGCUUCUUGUGUGCCCUUGGAGUUGUGACGGCGAUGGGGACACCACUGUGGGUUAAAGCCACUAUCCUCUGCAAGACCGGGGCUCUGCUGGUCAAUGCCUCAGGGCAGGAGCUGGACAAGUUCACGGGCGAGGUGCAGUAUGGGCUUUUCCACGGAGAGGGCACAAGGCAGUGCGGGUUAGGAGCCAGGCCCUUCCAGUUCUCGUUUUUCCCAGACUUGCUUAAGGCCAUCCCGGUGAGCAUCCACGUCAACACCAUCCUCUUCUCCGUGAUCCUCAUUAUCCUGACCAUGGCGGGGACGGCCUUCUUCUUGUGCAGCGCUUUUGGCAAGCCCUUGGAGGUGCCUCAUGGCCCUCUGGGGUUGUACCUUUUGAGCUUUAUUUCAGGCUCAUGCGGCUGCCUCGUCAUGGCACUGUUUGCCUCUGAAGUGAAAAUCCACCACCUCUCAGAAAAAAUAGCAAAUUUUCAAGAACGGACUCAUGCCUACAAAACGCAAAAUGAAAACUAUACCACCUCAUUCUGGGUAGUUUUCAUUUGCUUUUUUGUUCAUUUCCUGAAUGGGCUCCUCAUACGACUUGCUGGAUUUCAGUUCCCAUUUGCAAAAUCUAAAGAUACAGAGACAGCUAAUGUGGCUGCAGAUUUAAUGUAUUGAAAAGGCAAAUGUUUCUAGAGCUUCACAACUAAGGAACUGGACUUGCUUUGGGCACAUUCAGCCAGUGUUAACUUUGUCCACACUUUGAACCAGCACCAAGUCAUUCAUAGUAACAUUCAUGGACUAUGUACUCAGACCUCCUGCUAGAAAAUAUGGAAAGCAGAAGGAAGGUUCUAGAAAGUCAUUUUACCUGGUGAGAAAUUCCUAGACACAAGCUAUGUGCCAAGGCAGUUGACUAGAAUGGACCAAUUGUUACUCCUAUUAAUAAUGGAAGAGCAAGAGCUCUGUUCCAUUAUGGGAAAUCAACAGGUACAUGGAGAAUGUCUUAAUUUAAAAAAAAAGAAUACUAUUUCUGAUUAUCCACAUAUUUAUUGCCAAGUGCCAGAAAACAGAUGGGCUUACCUUCUUAAAGUGAUAAAAAUACAAAAAGAAAACCUUUGCUGGGCGUGGUGGCAGAGGUAGGAGGAUCACCAUGAGUUCGAGGCCAUCCUGAGACUACAAAGUGAAUUCCAGGUCCACUUGGGCUAGAACGAGACCUUACCUCAGAAACAAAAACAGGAAAAAGAAAACUGAAAAAGAAAGAGAGGAAGGAAGGAAGGAAGGAAAAUGUUUUCCUCCUCCUAUGUUUGAGCCCCGCCCGGGUCAGCCGCAGUGGACCACGGCGGUGGAGUCGGCGGAGGAUGAGGAGGAAAGGAUCACAGUGCAAAGUGGUGCAGUGUCUCACUGGGCCGCUGUGGGCUUAGCGUCCCAGGCACUGGCUCCCAAUCAGGAAAAGUAUCUGAAUCCAGGGAUCAGGAUGACAUGGUUGAGUCAUCGCGGCCUUUGCUGGCUGUCAUGCAGCAUGAGAACAGCCGAUCAUCUUCCUCUGCAUGACCCAUGCCACUGAUCUUAUGGUGACCAAAGGCCACCAGGGAGCCUGGGACUGAGGACUAGUCAGCCUCAAUCUGCUGCGCUUGCUGGAGAGAGCUCCGGGGAAGAAGAGGAGGACAGAGAAGACACCGCAGCCCCUGGACCCCGAGGCAGGUGCUUAGGACCCUCAGAGGAGGUGUUUAAAACAGUGAACACAGUCAAACAAACUUGGGACAAUUGUUUAAAACGAAAUGACUGACUUUGCCCCUUGAGCACUGUGCUGCUGGUGGUAGUUGCUGAUACACAGAGCUCAGCACCCUUCUGGUUUCAGGGACCCAGUCCUUCCGUCACAGGUCAGGACACCUGAGAAGUUCAGUCGCGCCACACCGUCUGUCCACGGGGGAGCCCUCUGUGUGGUGAUGGGCUGGUGCCCAUAUGUGGAAGCGUUCCGCUGAAAUGUGCAAAUGUUCUCUCUGGUGGCUGCAGAGGCAUGGGGGUGACUAGGACCACCCGGAGGAGGGCUGAGCCAGCCGACCGCCCCUCUGGAUCUCUCCCGUGACCCGUUUCUUCCUCCACUCGGAGGCCUGGAGAACUGCUUCCAACACUGGGCUGGCUUCUUUAGAAAACAAGUCUUUGGUUGUUCUCUGUUCCAUGAAAACAGAAAGACUUGGAGGAAGCAUGAAAAUCUGAUGAGGACCUCCAAGGCAGAGCAACAAUAGUCCUUCCACUUCGGUGGGAAGUAGAGGAAGGGCUGAUCCAGAUUCCCGAAUGGCCCUGCACAUGGACACACACACACACACACACACACACACACACACACACACACACGUAGAAAACACAAGGAACAAGUCAUCGGAACACUCACAGCCCACUGUGAUAGCUUCCCCUCUCACAGACGCAACGCCUAGGGAUCACUCUUAAGGCAAGGGACCUCUCCUGCUCCUCUUCUGUGGGGAUCAAAGGCCCUGGAACUGACAUUUUCCUGCUGUGACCUGCAGGAGGUGGCCAGCAUUCUCACAGGGCCCCCUGCUGGCUGUGGGGUGGCAAGCACCCUGCCACAUAUGUUCCCAGACGCCCACAGGUCAGCUUCUGGUGCUGCAUGAAGACCAAGGCAAGGAGUCCAGUGAGGCCCUGCCCUGGCUCUCUCGGAACGAUCUGAGCUGCGGAACACCUCCGCCACCCCGUCUGCGGCUCUCUGUACCCCUGCCUGGUAUGGCCUCUGGCCUCAGAUCCCAACAUUCACAGAGACGAAGACCCGAGAAUGAGCUUUCUGCCAAAGCAGCUGCGAAGUAAAUAAACGCUCCUUGAUUAUGCUGUUGCUGUCAUUCAUUAUUCUUUCCCAAUGUGGGCUGAUGUACCCGUUUUCACUAUUCAAAAAGGAAAUGCAACUUUGUAUAAAACUGAAGA